UGAAGACACGACCUACACAUUCCGAAGCGCUUUUGUGAAUUUUGCGAUGCAAUAUCGCUAUCUGCACUCCAAUAUGAGUGUGCUUUGGCUUAAAUGUCUCAUCUUUUUGCUCUCAAUUAAACUUGUCAGCCUACAGGAGCCGUUUGACACAAGAUGGGUGUCAAGUGAAUGUGUUGAUACAAGUGGAAGACCACAAAUGUGUUAUCCUCCAUUUACUAGUGCUGCAGCCGACAGGGAAGUUAUAGCUACCAAUACAUGUGGUGAAAAAGGGAGACAGAAAUAUUGCAUACAUAUGUCAAACUCCGGAAUGGCAAGCAGGUGCCAAUAUUGUGACGCGCGUAACCCAGAUGAAAGUCAUCCUGCGGAAUAUAUGACUGAUAAAAAUCCCAACAACUGGUGGCAGUCAGAAACUAUGGCUGACAACAAACUUCUUCAUUUUAAAGAUUCUGUAAACCUGACUGUUGAUCUUGGCACACAAUUUCAUGUGAACUAUGUCUACUUGCAGUUUAAAUCACCACGUCCACACGCAAUGGUUAUACACAAACGAUUUGAUGAUAAUUCAGAAUGGACACCAUGGGCAUACUUCUCGAGUAAUUGUUAUACAUACUUUGGUAUGACAUACAGUCAUAUCCCAGUAUUCAAUAAACCGGAUGAAUUAAUUUGUUAUGAAGAAUAUUCAACAUUACAACCAUUGUAUGAGGGUGAAGUUAUCUUUUCCGUUAUAAAUGGACGACCAAAUUAUGAUAAGUUUUUCACUGAUUUAGAGCUACAGCGCUGGAGUACGGCAAGUCAAAUUCGAAUUGAACUAAAGAAAAUGCAUACCUUUGGUGAUGAACGUGGAGCUGAAAGAGAUACUCUAUUGACCUACUAUUUCGCUAUACAAAAAUUAACUGUAGGAGGAAGGUGUCUUUGUCACGGACAUGGUAAUGAAUGCAGGAAAAGUUCUGGACCAGGACAAAAAGAUCGUUUAGUCUGCGUUUGUGAUCCAGCUCACCAUACAUCUGGUGAUAAUUGUGAACAAUGUAGUGCAGGCUAUCAAGAUAGACCAUGGCAGCCAGCUACACCACAAAAUGCAAAUCCAUGCGUUGCUUGUAAUUGUAACGGGAAUGCAUAUUUAUGUGAAUUUGAUUAUGAAUUAUACAGUCGUACUGGUUCAGGAAGUCGAUGUAUUAACUGUGGUAAUAAUACUGAAGGAAUAAAUUGUGAAAAAUGUAAACCAGGUCAUUAUCCUAAUCCUAAACAACCAACAUCGUGUUUACCAUGUUCAUGUGAUCCUGUGGGUACUCUUGAUGGUCAAAUGGAUUGUAAUGCACAAGGUCAGUGUGUGUGUAAACCAGGUGUCGGUGGUAAACGCUGUGAUCGUUGUCUAGAAGAUCAUUUCGGUUUCAGCGCAGGAGGAUGUCUGCCCUGCAAUUGUAAUGAAGCCGGAAGUUACGAAAAUCGUCGAAUGUGUGAUUCACAGACUGGACAGUGUGUGUGUAAACAAAAUACAGCUGGUAAACAGUGUGACAAAUGUAAAAUUGGUCAUUAUGGUCUUAUGUCAAAUGAUCCAUUAGGAUGUAAGCCGUGUAUCUGUUCAUUCCAUUCUUCAGAGUGUAAAUUAGACGAAUCGCAAUUAGGCUUAUCAUUUGAGGGACAAGAUGAAAGUGUUAACCUUGAAAGUUUAGUGAAACCAGAUCAAGUGAUCAUUAAUUGUCCUAAAGAUAUGAAACCAUGUUAUGCAUGUUUACAAAAAGAUCGACAUUAUGUUCAAAUUGGAUGUAAUGGUACAGUGGAAGGUUUCCUACCGUGCUUAUGUGAAAAAGAUCCGAACCAGUGUCCAUACUGUCCAUCAGGUUGGCGUACACCACAGACUGAUCCUCGCACUGAAAUAUGCACAUGCCCUCCACAAUAUUCUGGCAGAUCAUGUGAAUUUUGUGCAGAGGGACAUAGACGUGAUCCACCCGGUGGUCUAUCUACUGAUCGUUGUAUAUUAUGUACAUGUAAUAAUCAUUCAACAACUUGUGAUCCUGAGACUGGUCAAUGUGAUUGUCAGGAUAAUACUGGUGGCUUGUUCUGUGAUCGAUGUGCUGAUGGUUAUUAUGGUGACUCAUUUGCUCCAGUCGGUUCACCUGAAGCUUGUAAACCGUGUCCUUGUCCUCCAGAGGCUAAAUGUGAACAAGUUUAUUGGCCUGAUCGUUCAAUCAAAGUUGUCUGUAAAGACUGCCCAAACAACAGAUCCGGUGUUCGUUGUGAACGUUGUGCUGAAAACUUCUAUGGUGAUCCAAUGAAGGGUAUUCCAUGCAAACCAUGUGAUUGUUCUAAUAAUGUGGAUCCUAGAGAAUUUGGAAAUUGUGAUGAGAAAACUGGUGAAUGUCUCAAGUGUUUAUUCGGUACAACUGGUCGGCAUUGCGAGAAAUGUUUACCAGGUUAUCGCCGUAACUUGAAACCAUUGAAUGAAAGUGAUGUAUUCGAUUUAAUCCCUGCGCGUGGUUGUAGUCCGUGUCAAUGUAAUCCAAUCGGCACGUUGGCUAACUACGGUCCUGAAGGUGUUGGUGUCUGUGAUCCUGAAACUGGUCAGUGUCCGUGUAAACCUGGUGUCGGUGGACUAAAUUGUGAUAAAUGUUACGAUGGAUUUUACGGUUUUCAUACAGGACAAGGGUGUAAACCAUGUGAUUGUAAUUCGGUUGGUUCCGUGAAAGAAUCUUGUGAUGAUCGUACUGGUCAAUGUGAAUGUCGACCAAAUGUAAUUGGACGUCAGUGUGAUAAAUGUCAACCAGCGCAUUUCAAUAUGACUAGUUUAGAAGGUUGUCAAUCAUGUAACUGUCACACUUAUGGAGCUGAAAGCAGUCAAUGCGAUAAACAUGGUCAGUGUAUUUGUAAGCCGUUUGCUGUUGGACCAAAAUGUGACCAGUGUCAGGAGAAUCAUUACAACUUACAGGCUGGUUGUUUACCAUGUCCAGCGUGUUACAAUUUAGUCCAGGCAAGAGUUGCUAAAUUAUGGGGAAUGCUAGAAUCUGUGUUUGGACCGAUUAAAUCAGGACCUUCAUCGACAUCGAAACCAACAACAACUGCAAUAGGAGUACCUGAAACAUCUUUAAAUGAUAAAGAAUUAUUUGAAGAGAUUAAAAGAUUGAAUGAAACAAUUGUUAUAUUGUAUCGAGAUAUUUUAAGUUAUGACGCUGAUAAUUCAAUUGUCAAUGAUAAACAAUUUAAAAAGUUAUUAGAAAAUAUUGCCAGUCAAAUUGAUAUGAUUGAUAAUGAAUUAAAACAAUUAGCUGAUAAACCAUUGGCUUGCAUGACAAAUGGAUUCGAUGGAAAUUUCCAAGAAUUACAAGAGACUGUUAAUCAAGUAUUACCGAAACUAUUGACUGAUGAAGUGCAAAUCGUACUGGAGAAUUUACGUCAAACAACUGGACUGUAUGCUUCAGAUCAAACUUUAACAAAACAUGCCAAUGAAAUUAAUGAAUUAGCUAAAAGAUUGAAUGAAAGAAGUGAACAAUUACAGAAACAAGUGAAUAGUAUCACUCAACUCCUGGGUAAUUCAACGAAUAAACUGACAGAGUCUAAGGCAUUAAUUAAAAGUUCCAAAGAAGCAUUACAAAAGAAUAUAAAGAAAUCUGAUGAAAUUGAACAGAACAGUUUACAACUAACUAAUCGCAUUGAAAAUGUUAAAGAUUUAAUGCAAAAGUUACGUGAUCAAAUUUACUUAACCAAUGCAAAUAUCGACCGUCUACCAGAUAUAAUGACUCAACUACGUCAAUUAGACAAUGUGGCUAGUACAUGGAUGGAGGCUAUACAAACGUCAAAGAAACUGCAAGAUCGUUUAUCAACUAUUGAUAAUAAUUUAAACUCUCAGCUGGAUCGUCUACAUCAAGUCAAUCAACAGUUGAGUGAUACACUCAGCGGACAGCAUAAUCAAGCGAAACAAAUUGAGUCGAAGUUUGAACAAUUAAACAAUUUAGUUCAACGUGUUACAAAUGCUAUAAACAAUAGUUGGACAGCUUUUGACAAUGCAAAAUUAAUGUUGUCAAAAUUUGAAAGAUUCGAUGAACAUGUUGACACUACAAAAGCAUUAAUAUCAGAUGCAUUAAAAGAAGAAGAUGGAUUACACAAACGCUUAACUGACUUAGCCUCAAAUAUCAAUGAUUUACAUGAUCAAGCUAAGAAGGAAUAUCUGGCUGCACAGUUUUUAAGUAAUCAAACACUAGAAAUUGAAAAUAUGCUCAGUGGAAUUGAAAAAAGAAUUACAGACGACAAAAGUCAACUGGAUAAAUUCUAUGAAAGAUUAAGUGAUUUGAAAACACGUCAUGAAUUGGAAAUUGUACCCGAAAUACAAAGAACAGCACAAACUGUUACAGGAAUCAAUGAAGAAGCUAUGCGUGUAAUUGAAUCAGCUGAUGAAUCUCAUCGUGGUGCAACAAAAUUAGCUGAAGAUGUCAACGAAUUAUUACGACGUAUGAAAAAGCUUAAAGAACAAAUAACUGAAACAACAGCUCCUGGUACAGGAAUAAUCAGUAGACCAACAAUAACAAGUGAAGAUGCAGCGACAAGAUUUAGCAAUUUAAAAAAUGAUUUCAUAAAACUUCAAUUAAAUGAACGUUUAACUUUGUUGAAACAGUUAAAUGAAUCACGUACAACGGAAAUGUUUUAUUUACGUAAACAAAUCAAUGAAUAUCGUCUGCAUUAUGAACAUCUACUGCGUGUUGAUUCUCUACUGCCAACUAUUGAAGCUGGUUGCUUCUAUACCGGUAAAGGUAUUGAAGGUGAUGAAUAUGAGCGUAGACCAACUUAAUUAUGAAGCUUUUUCCGGUUUUCUUUCCUUUUCCCUUAUUUCCCAUUCAACUUUCUCUUGCCUAUCUUACUGAAAAGUUUAUUUAUUAAAGAUUUUGACGGCACUUCUUAUUUAUCCUUGACAUUGAAAAAAUUGAAUCAUUUGUAAUUGUUUAAAUUAACAGUAUUUUUUAAUGGCAAUAUUCGAAAUUAGCUUGACUGUUUACUUCUGAGUAUGUAACUAAUAUCAUCAGUCUGAUUGUACAACUUUUAUGCUUUCUUUCUUUCUUUCUUUUUCUUCUUCUUGUUCUUCUCCUCCUCAUUUAUCAUCACUAAAUUUAGAUGAAUAGCCUUCAUUUUUCGAUUGUCUUCUAUCUGUAUACACCUGAAUUAUCAAUAAUAUUAUGAUUUACCGUUGAUGUAUGCAUUUGCAGACGUCUAUAUAUUCGAGUGUCUAUAUACAUAUGUAUAUAUGUGGGUGUGUAGAUGUGUGGGCGAGUGACUCCACAACCCAAUAAUAUGAAAUAUGAUCAUUAAAAGUUAUGAUUCCGCCUAACUACUACUACUACUUAUCCAUCAUUCGAUGAAAAUUAUAAUGACAGGUUUUAUUACUACUAUUAUCAUUCUUAAAGUAGUACUGUGUGGUAAAAUUGAUAACAGUUAUCGUUAUUAUUAUUAUUACUAUUACUAUUAUUAUUACGCCUAGCUAAUUUCUCUGUCUAACUGAUACUGACAGUCGGAUAGGAUCUUAUAUGAUUCCCAUUUUUUGUACUUGUGUCAGUUAUUUUUUAGCAGUCUUUUAUCAUUACUACCAUUGUAAAAUGUGUACCGCGCAAAUUUUAGGUCUUAAUUAAAUAUACUACUUAUUACACCGACGAAUAAAAUUUGUUUGUUCGUUUUUGUACCAGUGAGUUAGAAACAAAUAGGCAACACUGAUGAUGAUGACAAUGUGGAUGACAGCUUAUUCCAAAUUAUUAUUAUUAUUAAUAUUAUUAUUAUUAUUGCUGACAUUAAUGACCCAGUACAAUUACGCAACUUUCGGCUAACAGUAGUUGAGUUGAUUUUAUGCCCUUUUUGGAAGCAAUUUCCCUUCUAUCAUUACCACAACCUGCCUUUCUACCCUACCCAUUUGAUUAUGUUAAUAUAUUUAUAUGUACGGGCACUUUUCCAAUAAUACUGCCAGUACUGCAAUAUGAUUGUUGUGACACUAAUAAAUACCAAUUAACUACUAC